AUGGGCUGUGGUGCUUCCGCGACGCCUGCUGCGGCUCCUGCAAAGGCCCCGGCAACCGGGGCACCUGCGGAACCUGAUGCCAAGAUGCCUGCCGCGCAGAAGUCCCUGAACAAGGAGGCCCUAUCUCCCCUCUUCGAUCAGCAUCCCAUCCGGCUGCCUUGCCUUCCAGGUGACAUCAUGGUGAGCGGUGACCUUCCCAAGGAAGUGGUAGAGCAGCUGUCCGCACAAUGCGCCGGCUGGCUGUAUGUGAACCCUGACACGGACGCGCAUUUCAUGCCCGAAGUGGUGAAGUCCGCCGGCGUUCAGCUUCAAGUGCUUCCGCUGAAGCUGGACGACCUGCCUGCAGGCCGCGUGGACGAGAUCCUGCAGUCCAUCCAGACGCUGCCGCGACCCCUCAUGAUCCAGUGCACCAGCGCCAACCGUGCCGCCCUCGCGCUGCUCAUGUGGAUGGCAAGGACGGUAGGCUACACGGGUGCGUCUGCAGAGCUCCUGGUGAAGGACCUUGCUCUGGACACCAUGAAGCCCGAAGCAACAAAGUGGAUGGUGGACCAGCUCCACGUGGUCGGGCAGAAGAAUGGGCCUCUGAUUGAGCGGAGCCCCGAGGUUCGUCAGCUCUUUGACCCGGAGAGCUCUACGCUGAGCUAUUUGGUCGCCUGCCCAGAAACCCAGGAGGCCGUGCUGAUUGACCCGGUCCUGGAACACAAGGACCGAGACCUGGCCCUCAUCUCAGAGCUGGGCCUGAAGCUCAUCUACGUCCUCAACACCCAUUGCCACGCCGACCACAUCACCUCGGGUGGGCUCAUCCGCAAAGACAUGCCAGAGGUGAAGACCAUCAUCUCAGAGAGCUCGGGCGCAAAGGCCGACAUGCACAUCAAGCACGGCGACACGGUGAAAUUUGGGAGCCUGGCAUUGGAGGUUCGCGCAACUCCAGGGCACACAGAUGGCUGCGUGACCUAUGUGCUGCGGACGAAAACCGCAACCUUUGCCUUCACUGGCGAUACCUUGCUCAUCCGAGGCUGCGGCCGCACCGACUUCCAGCAGGGAAGCUCUCGGCGGCUCUAUGCAAGUGUGCACGAGCAGAUCUUCUCACUGCCGGGAGACACCAUCAUCUGCGCCGGCCACGACUACAAAGGCCGGAGUGUCUCCACUGUGGAGGAGGAGCGAAGGUUCAACCCAAGGCUGACGAAGACGGUGGAGGAGUUCGAGGAGCUGAUGGCCAAUCUAGGGCUACCAAACCCGAAGAAGAUCGACGUGGCGGUUCCAGCCAACAUGGUCUGCGGCGUGCAGGACGAACCCGAGACAGCCGAAGUGACGACCGGCCCACCAGAGGCAUGA